AUGGCGUCAAGAGAAGUAUCAACGAUGAUCAAACAAGGGUUUAUCUCUGAUCCUCCUCUCUCUUUCUCUCCUUCAAGAACCGCGUCUCUCUCCAAACCCCCCAUUUCCUCUCCUCCUCCAUCGCCGAACGAUUCCACUCGGUCGCGUCGCUCAAACCCGACCCUUCUCGACAUGAUCUCCGACGAGCACAACCGCGAGACCAGAAGAUACCAAGACGAGCCUCGGAGGAAAUACCACGCCCGCGUGGCCAAGAUCCUGGCGGAUUUCAAGAACGGCGUGGGAGCUGGCGACGCGAAGCUGACUCUUGUUGGCAGAGACGGGCACAGAGCGACCAUGGAUGUGCACAAGAAGGUUCUAUCAGAGAAGAGCAAGUUUUUCAUGGAGAAGAUGAAGUCUCGAAGAGAGAAUGGCGUCUCUCAGCCUCACAUUGUGGAGUGUGAUGAUGUUGAGACGUAUGUGGAGACUGUGGUGUUGAUGUACUGCGAUGAUCUCAAGAACAAGCUGAUUGGUGAAAAUGUCUUCAAAGUCUUGGCUUUGCUUAAGGUUUCUUCAGCUAUAGAGUUUGAGGAGGGGAUAAAGUCAUGCCUGGAGUACUUAGAGGCGGCUCCAUGGUCAGAAGAGGAGGAACAAACCGUUGUGUCUUGUAUUGAAAAGCUUGAUCUUGCUGGUUCAACCGCCAAUUCGGUUCUGGAGAGAGUAUCAGUAUCAUCCACUUCCAAAGUACAACCAAUGACGUCUUCUUGA